UACGAGCCACGGGUGCACGUCAUACGAGUGGACAGUGAGGAGAAUUGCGAGAAGAUAUUGACGUUCAAUUUCAUGGAGACACAAUUCAUCGCGGUCACCGCUUACCAAAACGAGGAGGUAACACAACUUAAGAUACGGCACAACCCGUUCGCCAAGGCUUUCCAGGACGCCCGCGAGCGGCCCAUCAACGAGAUUAACAACAAUCAAAUGGGAGGCCCCGGCGGCGGGGGUGAGGGGCCUACAUCAUCACCACCACCACACCCAUCAUCAUCACCCCCACCCUCAUCAACAUACGGGUGCUGGCGGUGGUUCGUCGCCGCCCACCCCUCCCAACAGUUGGUGCAAUAG